CAGCAUCAACCUUCUGAAUGCGUGCGUAAAAGGCGAGUUUACCGAAACCGGUUGGCUGGGCGGCGCACACACACACACACAAACACACACUCGAACCGGUGGAUGAACUUCAGCUGGAUAAUGGAUUAACGCAUCAGACAGAUAGCAGAAAACGCGCAGCAUACUAUGAGCUCCAGAUGUCAAUGUAUUGGAAGAAAACACCCACCCACCCACGGCGGGAUGACUCACAGUUUAAAGUAGUUGAAUAAGCGGUCGCCGGUGCGGACGGGGAGAUUCUGCGUGGGGUAUUUAACUUGUUUCUGCUACUUAAAGCGCUUCAUACCAAGGUUUUAAUGGGGCACAGGAGCUCGAGCCACCACACGGACUUGCUGCGCGAGGCGCUGGUGCCAGAUAUGGAUAGCGCGCGGGAUACCUCCGGACGCUGGUGCGCAUCUUCAUAAAGUGCGACACUUGGACACCGACGAGGCCAAAAACUUGAUCUGUCCCGAGUCACAGCUGCAGACACACCGGAAGACGAGCAGGACGAGCUCCGCUUCUCCCCAAACACCGAGUUAAUUUAAGGAGAAGAGUUUGAGAAAAGCUCUAAAGUACUUUUCCUUUUUUUUUUUUUUUUUUUUUUUUUUUUUAAAUUUAAACAAUCUUCACAGGAAGCUUUGAAGAUGCGUCAAGAGGUCGCGAGGAGAUUUCACGCGCUGCUGGUGACUUGGUCGAUACUUGUCGUUAGUUUGGGGACAGGGUUUCCGACCAGACACAAGAAUGUCGCCCACAAGGGUCAUGGCCACCAGAUUCACAACGGUGGGGUCCAGUACGCCCCCGAGGCUUUGGAGCAGCAGAACCAGGUCCAGAGUCUCCUGCCUGAGCCCCACAACCACCAGAGGAGGUGGUCCCACCCACAGCACCGCUCCGUUGGUGUCCUCCCUCAGCCUGAGCCUGAGGAGGAGACCAAACCCUUCAUCCUGGAUCUCAAGAACUUUCCAGACCUGGCCAAUGCUGACAUCAACUCGCAGAACCCCAACAUUCAGGUAACCAUUGAGGUGGUGGACGACCCCCAGAUGGAGGUGGAGAUGGACCUGGCCAAGGAAAAAGACUGGCUGCCCUCCUCUUCCUCCUCUUCCUCCUCACCCUCUUCCACAGUGGAUUGGCUCGGAGGCAAGAAGCUUUUCUGGCCCCUUUUCUGGAGUUACACCGACGCCGAUUCCAGCGAGGACAACAACAGCCGGUCAGGCGUGGAGGAAACUGGCGAGGAAGAGGAGGAGGGGGAUUACUCCCAGGAUUACGGCAGCGAAGAGCCCUUACCCAGUGGAGUGGGCGGAGACUGGGAUACGCGUUGGAACGAAGGCUGGGAUCCAAUGCAGAGCUACUAUGAGAAGGAGACAGAUGACUGGACUCCGUGGACUCCCUGCUCUGUGACAUGUGGUAACGGUGAGAGGAAGAGGACCAAGUCCUGUGGCUACUCCUGCACUCUGACAGAAGCCUCUAGGUGCGACCUGGAGCCUUGUCCUGGUGAUGUCAACACUGUGGUGGAGCCUUUCCCCUUCGAGAUGGAGAAUGGUACAGAGCCUUUUGGGACAGAUGUGGACAGCUGUGAGAAGUGGCUCAACUGUAAGAGUGAGUUCCUCCAGAGGUACCUCCACCAGGUCCUGUCUGAGCUGCCCAGCUGCCCCUGCUCCUACCCCCCUGAGGUGGCGUACACAGUGGUCAGCGUCUACGAUGAGAGUCAUGGCCGGCAGUUCCGCUGGCGUGAUGCCAGCGGUCCCAAGGAGCGCCUGGACAUCUACAAGCCUUCAGCUCGUAACUGCAUCCGCUCAGCUCUUUCAGGCGACUCCUCUACUCUUGCAGCGCAGCACUGUUGUUACGGUGACCGUGGGCGGCUGAUCACGAGGGGAAAAGGCGCGGGCACGCCUAACCUGAUCAGCACCGAGUUCUCACCUGAGCUGCACUUCAAAGUGGACGUGCUGCCCUGGAUCCUGUGCAAGGGAGACUGGAGUCGCUUCCAUGCCGUGCGGCCGCCAAAUAACGGAUUGAGCUGCCCAGAGAACCCCCACGAAGACGUGUUCAUGAAUGAACUGGAGGAGGCCAGGGAGUACUGAGGGACCGCAGCCAAAACUACCACUUCACUCAGAGAGUCAGAGGGCCCAAUCCUAAUUUGAGAGGAGACUGCCUACUUUAAAAGUCAUGAAAUAUUCCAUCUUAAUGGUGCAUCAUGCAUCAACCGUGCGUGGACUGAGAGGAAGUGCUCAUUUGUGAUUGGGAGAUUCGAGGGGUUUAGGUGUGACGGUGAAGUGUGGCUGUCUCAAGUUAGGAUUUGGCACAGUGUCCUGAUAUCAGGCUCAACGGAACUGAACUGAAUAACAAGAAUGGAAAAAAAUGCAGUGUUCUCCCAUCGCUUGCCAACCUGUUCCACAUCUGGCAUAACAUCAAGCUCUCUGUCUUUAUAUUCAGUCCACUCUCCUGGGUGCGUGUAAGCAUGAUGUCAACCUACUGGCUUUUUUUGACGGUGUCCUGGAGCGCUUGUGAUUGACAUUAGCAACAUAUGGUAAACAUCCUGUUUGUGCUUCUUGUAGGUUUUAUUAUGUAUGAAUGUGGGCUGGUUUUAUUGAUGAAACAAACACGUGCAUGGGAAGUGCAACAGAUGAAUAUCCCAUCUAUGCUGCUACAAUAUAAAAUCCUUCAGGUAUUCAGGGGGGACAAGACAACAGGACAUCAGUAAACCCAAAAGAUGCCACAUGCAUUCACAGUAAUGUACAUUCAGCCAGUCUUUUGGGAAACUAAAAUUAGUAACGUUAGGAGAAUUUGGGACCUCAACCAGAGAGGUAAGCUAAACAGAUUUGAAACGUUCUGCUGUCGCUAGUGAGAAUUACGAGAGUAGCCCAUUAGCAGUACUGUUACGGGAAUGGCACAUUUGAUUUCAAAUGUUUUGUCACACAGAUUGAUCUCAUGUGUUUCCUCACAUUUCCACAGCCAGGACGAUGUGUGAUCUGGGUGCCAAAGAGUUAAAAAUCAGACUGUUGGUGCCUGUGUAAAUCCAGCCUCCUAAGUCUCUACGGUGCAAAUGUAGGAAAGUAAAUAAAUAAAUUCUGCAGUGACUAGAUUGUGCUCAUAGAUCUCUACGAUGUUCUCAGGGGGAUUAACUGACCAUGAUAAAACAAAUUUGUUCUUUUACCUCGACAGCGGAGCACUAUUGGGACUAGUUCAAAGUGUUUUGGGGUAAAGAUUAGCAGGAGGGAAUCGGAUCCAGAAAGUAACUGACGAACACAUGAUGCUUUUUGUGCAGUUUCAGAAAGCAGUUGCAACCCUUAUAACUGAAGAGAUGUCGAUGCAUUGUGUGUGGUAGGAAGAUGUCAUUGCUGCUUAAGCUGUUGGCAUAGGGUCUUUGGGUUUAUGUACAGAACUGGACUGGACAGAAAGGACGUUCCUGAGAAGUCGUGUAGUCUGAGCCUUUACCCUAGGUAACAUAGAGUUCAGGUAAAGGCGACAUGAGAGUAGUCACCAUUAGCUGAUACUCCAUAAGGUGUAGUGCAAAGUAUGGAAACAAAAGUCAUGUUAACCGAAUAUUUUUUGUUACCGUUAUUUUGCCAGAUCAAAAUGCUUUAGGUGAUUCAACAUAACUAAGUAAUUCACACCCGCCCAGCUAGUGACUUGCAUAUUAAUUAGCUAUUGUCUCUUCUUGACUCUGAUGUCACAUGCAGGACUUCAUUGUCUAGCUGGCUUUAGCACUGGUUGACUAUAUUGCUACAAACCAUCCCAAAAUGUCAUCUCAGAGUGCUUUCACACCUGCCCUGUUUGGUGCGUUUCAAUCGAACUCAAGUUCAUUUACCCCCUAAGUGCGGUUCGUUCUACAAAAAGAAAAUCAAACAUGCUAGACUUUAUGUUGGAACGUCGUGAGGCAUCCCAGACGUGGCGUCGGUUGUCAUCUACUAUGACACACUACACGAGAUGAAACGAUGGAUUAUGGCGUACAACACUUGUUGUCGUUCACGAUUCAUGCCGUCGCUGUGUUGGGUUAUAAUCGGGCUGAUAUGGUGUAGUGUGUACCCGGCAUAACCCUAACCAAUCUCACUCCUGUUGCCUAAAGGCUCAUUUAUGCUCCCCUUACAUACGAAAAAGUAUACGUCC